AUGCAGGGAGGGGCGCCCUUUGGCGCCGCGGCGCCGGCCUUGCCCUGUGGGGCACUUCCUGGGCCGAGGCAGCAGCUGCUUUCCGCGGAAGCCAUUGCGAUGCAUCAGCAGAUGGCAGAGAACUUCCAGAUCGGUGGCUUCUCGGCACCGGAACAGGGAUCUCUGGCCGCUGGUGGCAGUCAGUGGAAUGGCGUAGCGCAGCCCAUUCCAUACCAGCAGCAAUAUGCACAGCAGCCGGUGCCGUCCGCGGCAGCAGGUUUCGUAGGCUUGACGUCACCGGCGCCUUUCACCUCACCGGCGCCCUACACGCAGCCGCCAGUGCUGAGCCAAGGGCCUUUCACCUUCCACGCUGCCGGCCCCAGCCGGCCUGCUCAGACGCAGGUCUCUACCCUGUCUUCCGCGGCGGGUUCCUCCGCCUCGCUAGAUGUGAGCAGUGGCCUGAUACCACACAUGCCAUCGACCAUGACGUUCACGUCCACUGCACCAGCCGCAGAUAGGUCGUCGCGGCGGUCGACACUGUGCAAACAGGCGUUCGACUUCGUGGAUGCGCUGAGGACUGGCCAUAUAGAUUGCAGUCAGAACAAGACGGGCCUGAUGAUGGUUUUCCAACAACUGGGAGACCUCCCAAUGCCCAAGGAGAACUCGAAGCGAGUCCAGGGCCAGGGGCUUCAGGACGAGUGGUACACCCGAGUCUUUCGGAACUUUGCCGGAAAUGACAAGGACUUGAUUGAUUAUAGAUGUUUCAAAGAAAUUGUCAAGCAGUGGGAUGAGCACCACCAGAAAAAGCGAGAAAAGCAUCAUCAGCAAAAGGAGCAGCAGCAGCAGCAGACACCACAGCAGCAGCAGCAGCAGCAGCAACAACUGCAGCAGCAGCAGCAACAGCUGCAACAACAGAUCCAGCAGCAGCAGCUUCAGCAGCUGCAACUGCAGCAGCAACAACAACAGCAACAGCUACAACAGCAGCAGCAUCUGCAGCAGCAACCUCAGCAGCAGCAGCAACCUCCACAACCAUCGCCGGAGCAGAAGCAAGAGAUUUUGCCGAACUCCGGCCGGGACAGCCAGAAGUCUGCAGAAGGGACGCCCAAGCUCGUGGCGUCAGUCGACGACUCUGCUCAAAGAGCGGUUUCUGCAUCGUCGGACCAGGGCACCGCCUCCCCAGAUCAGGCCGAGGGCGGCGACCAGGAGGCUGAUGCAGGCGGAGGUCGGUCACGGCCAUCGAGCGACCAAGUCGCCGGUGCCCAGAUCCGCGAGCUGCCCGCUGCCUCGCCCAGCAGACCUUCACAGGCGCCUUCUCAAGACGAGUCAGAGGCGGCUGAGACACUGCUGCGGAAUCAGAGCGGCCUCUCGCGGGCCACAGCCGCGAACAUUGCAUCCGAGGUGAUGUUCCCCACCCACGUGGGACGCCUUGCGAUCUUUGAUGAUUAUCUCUUUUGUGGAGAUGUGGGCUCCGGCUCCUUUGGCAAGGUCAUGCUGGUUCGGCAUAAGAGCACGAAGCAGCUACGGGCCUGCAAGGUGGUAGCCGUGCAAACUGCUCUGCAGCGGGAGCUCAUGGAUAACGAGAUUCGAUUACUCAAGUCGUUGAACCACCCUCACAUCAUGAAGAUGCACGAAGUCUACUUCGAGCAGGCUUCGGAAAGCGGCCAAGUCGCUAGUGGCAACAUCUACUUGGUGACGGAGCUCUGCGAGGGAGGAGAUCUUUUCUCGCGGAUUCUUCAUCACUACGAGAGGUUGAAGCAGCCCAUGACGGAGAGCCAUGUGGCAUUCAUGAUGCAGCAGAUCCUGUCAGCGACGAAAUAUUGUCACGACAAGGGGAUCAUCCAUCGCGACAUCAAGCCGGAGAACAUCCUUUUCGUUGAUCGCAGCGCCAGCUCUCCGCUCAAGAUAAUCGACUUCGGCCUCGCGAACUUCCACGAGAAGAUACGGGAGCAGGCGAAGGAGGUGAAGGUCGCCCGGUCGGGAACGAUGGGGCGAUUGGCGCGCAUGCUGCCAUCCGUGAACGGCCGACAUUUGAUUCCUUGGCAUGAACGGAAGCGCGUCAUGCAGAAGGCCGGUACGCCGCACUACAUGGCGCCGGAGAUGAUCGAGGGGUCUUACGACCACAAGGCCGACCUUUUUAGUAUUGGAAUCAUUCUCUGUCAGCUUUUCACCGGUUGGCAUCCUUUUUACACGCCAGGCGAUGAUGAAACGGCCGUUCGCGCCAAGAUCUCCAACCCGGAUCCGGUCCAGUUUCCGACUGAGAUCUGGGCACAAGUCUCCCAUGCAGCUUGUGACCUGUGCAGGAAGUUGCUGGAGAAGCAGAGUAGCAAGAGGCUUUCGGCAGCACAGGCCUUGGCCCACGAAUGGUUUCGGGAUCCAUCGAAGCCCUCGCCCUUUGGAAAUGUGGAGGGCCUGAGUGUUUCAAUCUUCGACGGCCUGAAGCAGUACCAGGCUUACAACAAGCUGAAGCGGGCCGUUCUCCAGCUGCUAACUCGAGAGCUGAGUGAGUUCCAGAUCCAGGAGCUAAGGGCUAAGUUCAUGGCCCUGGACACCCAUGGAGAUGGGCUCCUCUCUCCCGAGGAGUUAGUCGAAGGAAUGCGGCAUGUCGGUUACGAGAUGAGCGAAAAGGAGCUGGAGCAGGUGAUGGCUGCUCUGGACGGCAGCGGCAGCCAGCGCAUCGGCUACAAGGAGUUCAUCUCUGCGCUGAUCGAGCGACGGGUGAAGUUCGACCGGCAACAGCUUUUCGAGUGCUUCAAGAAGUUCGACAAGCAAGGCAUCGGACGAAUCACGUACCAGGCACCCGUGUUUCGGAUGUGUCUGAGCCUCUCACCCUCAACUGCCAAAAAUUGCAAACCUGAACGUCUACGUGUGAAACCUAGCUUUCGGCCUUGGAUUCUGUGUCGAGACUUGGGAGUUCGUAGUUCCAUGGCUUGA